CGUACAGGUCACAACAGCAAAACCUGUCUUGUCCGUCCGAGUUGCAAUUACCCAUGAGCAUGGAGCUGCUAUCCAGCAUCCUCCUUUUUCUCGGCCUUGCAGCUGUUUUGGGGGUGUUAAAGAUCGGAUACAACGUUAUCUAUAACCUCUGGUUGUCGCCUCUUGCACAAUUCCCCGGUCCAAAGCUGUGGGCCAUCUCCGCAAUCCCUUCACAGCUCUCUAUUGUGCGUGGAACCAUCCAUUUUGAUAUCACAGCGCUGCACGAGCGCUACGGCCCAGUUGUACGCAUUCGUCCCAAUGAAUUGGCAUUCAACACCGCCCAAGGAUUUAAGGACAUUUACGGAUUCCGCCCCGGUGGGUGUUUCCCCAAGGAUCGUAGCCGUUAUAUGACCCCGAUCAACGGAGCAGACCACCUUGUCUCUGCGAUUGACGAUGGCGUCCAUGCCCGGCACAGGAAGCUGUUGUCCUACGCCUUUUCAAAUCGGGCACUGCGUGAGCAGGAGAAUGUGAUUCGCGGCUUCACGGACACUAUGAUUACCAAAGUCAGGGGUGAAGUGCAUGCGGGACGACCAACCGUCGAUAUGAAAAACUGGCUGAACUACACCACUUUUGAUAUAACAGGCGAUCUUAUGUUCGGGGAGUCUUUCAACUGCUUGCGUGACACUAAGCUACACCCUUGGAUUGCUAUGAUUUUCGACUCCAUGAAGGCCCUCGCAAUCAUGGGGGCCGCCGGACAGUUUCCGUUAGUGCAGCCGUGGUUAGACAAACUCAUCCCGGCGUACCUCAAGAAACAAGAAUUUGACCACUUCAAUCUGAGCGCUGGAAAGGCAGAUCGUCGGUUGGAAAGUGGAGUUUCACCAAGGGGCGACUUCAUGUCGGCAUUUAUACAGAAUGGCUUCGUUGAGAAACAAGAGCAGUUCUAUGAAGGAAAGAAGAUCUUGAGACGGGAUGAGAUUCAUUCUAAUUCGUUUAUUCUCAUGCUUGCCGGAAGCGAAACGUCUGCUACCCUACUUGCCGGCUGCAUCUACUUCUUAUGCAAAUCACCAGAGACCAUGCAAAAACUGUCUGAUGAAGUUCGUUCGGCGUUUACCUCGGAUAGUGACAUCACGUUUGACAAAGCAGCUACUCUUCCUUACUUGGGUGCUGUUCUCGAGGAGGCAAUGCGUUGCUAUCCCCCCGUUGCCGCCUUUCUGGCUCGCGUGGUGCCCCCCGGCGGCGCAUCUGUUGAUGGCUACUUUAUUCCUGAAAAUACCAUUGUCGCAUGCCACCAUUAUGCAUCCUAUCACUCAUCUUCCAAUUUCUCUCGCCCGAAUGACUUCAUCCCCGAGCGCUGGUUGGGUGAUCCAAGAUUUGAGUCGGAUAAGAGAGACGCCAUGCAGGCGUUCAGCCUGGGCCCAAGGAAUUGCAUAGGCAAAAACAUGGCAUAUGCGGAGAUGCGCAUGAUACUGUGCAAACUGCUGUAUCAUUUUGACAUGGAACUAACCCCCGAGACAACCGACUGGACGAACCAGAAGGUGUACUUUCUAUGGGCCAAGAAACCGUUGAUGGUCACCAUGAAGGACAGGUUGUCAUCUGAUUACUGA